GUAAGGAGGUUUGGUAAGAGAGGAUGUAGCAGCGUGAUGACACAGAGGGUGUCUCAUCCCCACCCUACAUCACUCACCGUGACCACACUGUAUCCGUGCUGCUGCCGAUGCUGCUGGAGCUGGUGCGCUGACACGAGGGAGCCGCGCUGCGUGCACUAGUCCCACUAGUCCCUGACUGUGAGUGUGUAGCCGCAGCCUGCACCGUCCCAGCUCCCACACUGCACCAUCAGCAUGCGGCUCUGUCUCCCCGGCAUCCUGCCUGUCCUCUGCGGGCUCCUGUCUGUGGCUUCCCCGGGCAUCACCCCCAACACGGCAGGUCCGGAUCUGACAGCAGAGGUGCCUGUGGAAAAUGAUGAUGGCGAUGUGGACAGUUCCGUAGUAAAACACAGCUUAUCCAUUCCAGGCUUAUCGUCCCAAGGAAUGCAAAAGAAUGUAAUUAUUGAUAGCACAGUUCCUGUGAAGCUGGAAUGUAAUCUACUGAAUGACUUCAAAGGUUCCCAGAUUAAUAAUGUCUCAUGGAGACAUGGAGAGGAACAAAUAAGGAGCAAUCUUUACAUGUACAAUAAUACAGAUAAUCAAUGGCACACUUCUUAUGAAUUUGUAGUAACAGACCUGAACCAGACUGGAAACUACAGCUGUGUUUUCAGUUCUAAAACAGAAGUAAAAGGAACGUUUCAAAUACAUGUUCCUGCUGUCCAUGGUGUGAGCAAGUCGUUAGUCAGUUAUAACGGAGAUUCCAUAGUCAUGAAAUGUGACAGCUCAGCCUACAAGCCUGUGGAAUGGAUUUGGUACCGAGUUACCGAGGACCGGCAGGUGGCGCUAAAUUUCACUUUGUCAGCAAAAUAUAAACAUCACCAAGAAAAAAGAAAUGAAACAAAGCUGCACAUAGCAGACCUGUCUGAGGGCGACAGCGGGACUUACGUCUGCAAGGCUAUUUUUAAGACCGGAGAAAGUGAAGGACAAGUUCAUCUCAAUGUCCUCAGUUAUAUGGUUCCACUUAGGGUCUUCCUCGCCAUAGCUGCUGAGGUUGCAGUCCUUGUAGCUGUUAUUUUAGGCUAUGAGAUGUUCAGCAAGAGGAAACAGGGCAAAGAAGAUGUUAGAAAAGACGAUGAACAAUUGGAACAAACGGCGCAGUUAAAAUCUGUGGACAGCAGCAGUGCCGACGAAAGCAGCACCAGACAGAGGAAGUGACAGCAGGUGAGCCGCAGCGUUCCACAUCCACCUUCAUCAACGUGCACUUUACAGUCAUCAGAACUGAAUCCCGUUCCUACCGGCGUCACGUCAUUAAUCCCUGUCUAUUUUCUGAUGCAUUUUUCUGUAUGGCCACGUAGUCCACAUUGCUGGCGAACCUUGCGGCCUAUCGCAAGGACUUGUGAAAUUCAGGCAGGGGAAUCCAUCCCCUAUAACGUUGCAGGGAAGCAGAUCGCUUUAAAUGCUGUUUUUCAACCAAAGACAAGAGGAAUAUUAAAUACAAUUGUUUGAACAUAAAAAUAAAUGGAGGUGUCUUUUAAAUGAACGCUGUAUGCAAUGACGGGUUCCUAUAUAGAGCAGUCUGUGUGAAAGGAUUGCCUAUACGCUAUACAUGUUAUGGGUUAGAGCUGUACACAAUAAUAGUUUCACAGGGUGGAGAUGUGCAAUAUUAUGCAGCAAACUUAAGGUGGGUACACGCUGAUAGAUAUAUCUGCCGAUCAAUUGUUUGGCAGAUAUAGCUAUGGACGGAUCGGGCAGUGUGCUGUGCAUACACCCUGCACCGAUCCGUCGGGGACUGACGUCAUGAAGUGGGCGGGCGUGUACACACGCCCACCCAGUUCAGCUGUCAAUCACCGCUGGCUGCCGCAGCAUGUGUACGGGCGGUCGACCGCACGCCCAUACACUCACAGUGAUGCGCCAAUAUAUCGGUAGAUAUAUUGGCCGUCGGCUGUGCUGCGGGGCCGACACAAUGUCUGUGAACGACAGAGUUCACAGACAUAUCGCCGGUACACACUGCCCGACGGACCCGCGAUAUAGCGGCCGUUCAAGAGAACGGCCGAUACAUCGCCCAGUGUGUACCCAGCUUUAGACUUGGGCUAUCUGUGUAUUACAUAGGCUACUUUGCAUAUAAAAAAAUUUCCACAGUACACACAGCAUUGGAGGUGAAUGCUGGGACAGACCACUGAAUUGCCUUGUACUCAUCCCUUCUUCCAAACAUCCACUAUAUGGUAAUGGCUUCUAUACAGUGGGUGCAGUCACCAUUCCAGCACUGCCUGGUUGGGCCAUAGACUCAUGAAACGUAACUAUACCAUACCUCCCAACAUGACCCUCUCCAGGAGGGACAGAAUGCUCUGCUCCUGGGCUUCCCUCUUAAUGUAUGAUUGCCAUCACCUGCGUGAAACACCUUUCUUAUCCAGUAACCUGUUUAACACAGAUC